AUGAGAGCACAUGCAAUAGAAGUAAACUCCGGCUACGAUAUUAACGAAACCUUAAUUAACUUUUCUCGGCGGAAACAGCGAGGCCUAUUCGUACUCAACGCAACAGGUUGCGCCACCAAUGUCACCAUCCGUCAGCCGGCUUCAUCGGGAUCAGUCAUUACUCUCCAUGCCCGUUUCGAGAUUUUCUCGUUGCUUGGAUCAAUUCUGCCACCACCAGCAGUGCUGGGAGUGGUGACCAGCCUUACGAUGUACCUUGUUGGGACUCAUGGAGAGGUUGUAGGAGGGAGUGUGGUUGGUGCACUCAUUGCUUCAGGACCUGUAGUUAUUAUAGUUGCAACUUUUUAUACGAAGGAUGACGAGAUUGUUGCCGCUGCGGCCGCUGCCAAUCAUAACCAGCACUACCAAAACAAUCGGCGGCUCCACCAGAUUGAUUUCUCAGAAAUAUAUGGGGUGCAACAAAAUUUGCUAACAAAUGGUACUAUACCCUCUGAAAUGUAUACAUGGGCACCUUCGCCAGGACAGACUCUAUCCAAAUCCUAA